GAGACCCCAGUAAGGAUGCAAUUGUGCUGUGAAUCCGUAAAUGGCUCUUGCAUAAGAAGCACCUGGUCAAACAGCAUCCGUAUCUCCAUGUACAUCUUCAUGGUUUGCAUUAUUCUGGCCACAGUGGUUGGAAAUCUGACAGUUAUCAUCUCAAUAUCACAUUUCAAGCAGCUUCACACGCCUACAAAUUUCCUGAUACUUUCAAUGGCUAUGGUAGACUUCCUGCUGGGAUUCUUCAUCAUGCCUUGCAGUAUGGUGCGCUCUGUUGAGCACUGCUGGUAUUUUGGGGAGUUCUUCUGCAAGAUCCACUCAAGCAUGGAUAUUAUGCUGAGCACAGCUUCUAUCUUCCAUCUUUCCUUCAUAUCCAUAGACCGCUACUAUGCUGUGUGUGACCCUUUAAGAUACAAAUCAAAGAUAAAUACUUUUGUCAUCGUGGUCAUGGUAUGUAUAAGCUGGAUUGUCCCUGCUGCUUUUGCUUUUGGGAUGAUUUUUCUAGACCUAAACUUGAAAGGGGCAGAAAAGAUUUAUAAUCAUGUCUACUGUGCAGGAGGAUGCUUUCUCAUUUUUAGUGAAACUUCAGGAAUUGUGGCCUCCAUAGUGUCUUUUUACAUCCCUGGAUUUGUUAUGCUGUACAUCUAUAGGAAAAUAUACUCUGUAGCCAAAAAGCAGGCAAGAUCCAUCAAUGCAAUUAGCAGAAAAAAAAUGCAAUUUGAAAUGAAGCACCACAUUUCAUUCUGCAGAGAAAGGAAAGCUGCUAAGACUUUAGGCAUCAUAAUGGGAGCAUUUCUCAUCUGCUGGACUCCAUUCUUCUUCUUUACAGCUACCAAUCCAUUUAUGAAUUACGUGAUACCUCCUGUUCUCAUUGAUGCUUUGGUUUGGUUUGGCUAUUUAAAUUCUACUCUUAACCCAAUUGUUUAUGCAUUUUUUUACAUGUGGUUUCGCAGGGCAUUGAAGAUUAUUAUGUUUGGAAAAGUUUUUAAACAGGACUCUUCCAGGACUCAUUUGUUCUCAGACUAA